CUGUCUGGUAGACUCAGCCACAUUGUGGUGUGAGGUGGACGUGUCGUUGUUUGCGUGAUUGGUAAUUACGGGAUUGCCCCGGCCAAUCUAGAACUUGAAAAUUGGAAGUUAUUGCUGGGUUGCAAUUAAGGAAAUUUUUGAAACCACUGAUUCACCCCCCCUCUCAGUGUCAACCUGGGGACAUCAAAAUGUAAUGGACAUGAAUGACGCAAUCCUUGAGGAAAUUCACUUCUCAGAAGAUGCUAGAACCGAAAAAACAGAGGCAUAUGAACUUCCUAUCGGUAGCAGAAGCUAUAAAUAGACUUAAACUCCGUAUACAUUUCCACACACCUUUGAGCAGGCACCGCUCAACCAGAACAAAGCUUCUUUCAUCUGCUUCCAUAUUUCAACCCAUUUGCUACGCCGAGAUUUAGUAACAAUGGCGGGCGAGCUAGUUCUCUUGAGUUCCUGGCCUAGCUUUUUCGGUAUGAGAGCAAGAAUCGCAUUGGAAGAGAAGGGUAUCAGCUACCAAUACAGGGAAGAGAACCUAUUCGAAAAGGGCCCUUUUCUGCUGCAAAUGAACCCAAUUCAUAAGAAGAUCCCUGUAUUGGUCCAUAAUGGGAAGCCCAUCUGUGAAUCCCUCAUUAUUGUUCAGUACAUUGAUGAGACUUGGAAGGACGAAUCUCCUCUGUUGCCUUCUGACCCUUACCAACGAGCUCAGGCCAGGUUCUGGGCUGAUUACAUUGACAAGAAGAUUUUCAACUGUGUGAAGGGAAUAUGGAGUAAGAAGGGAGAAGAACAAGAGACAGCGAAGAAGGAAUUCAUAGAGGUCUUGAAGGUUUUGGAAGGAGAGCUUGGAGACAAACUUUACUUUGGUGGUCACAGUUUUGGGUUCUUGGAUUUGAGCCUUGUGCCUUUCUACAGCUGGUUCUACACCAUGGAGAAAUGUGGCAACUUUAGCAUAGAAGCUGAGUGCCCAAAGCUGAUUGCUUGGGCCAAGAAGUGCAUGGAGAGGGAGAGUGUGGCCAAAUCCCUACCUGACUCAGACAGGGUAUACAACUACGCUCUGGAGCUCAAGAAGAAGUUUGGUUUAGAGUAGAAAAGAUAGAAAAGGGUUUUGGAUUUCAAGCCAUGUAGAAGAGUUUUCAAGAUUUGUCAGUGGGUUUGGUGUUUUUUAGUGUUAAUGCCUUUGGGUUUUGUUCACUUGUUCCUUUGUCUUUCUGUACUAAAGGUGUUGCUUUGAAAUAAAGAACUUGAAGGAUUUUGGGGGCA